GGUACACGGUAUGCCGUUUGCGGUAAGCGUUUGUAAGAGAAAACGCAGAAAAGAUUAAUAUCGCAGAGCAAAAAUGCGAACUAGGGUUUGAUAAGAGAAGGGAGAAACACUCGUCAACUCACUGAAAACAACUCCAGUAAUCCUUCACACCACUUGUCUCCGAUUCGAUUGUGGAUCGACCGGAGAAAACAUUGCUUUUUGCCUUCUUUACCAGCUUUCAGUUGCUGUUGGGCAUAGUGAUAAAGGGUAUAAGCCCAAAAUGGGAGGGGUGAAUUCAGAGCUUAAAGAAUUGUUUGAAGAUAAGAAACAUGCGAAGAACCCUUUUGUACCUCUAGGUGCACUUCUUACAGCGGGGGUUCUGACUGCUGGAUUGAUAAGUUUCAGACAGGGGAAUUCGGAAUUAGGGCAGAAACUGAUGAGGGUUCGCGUUGUUUUCCAAGGUGCUACGGUUGCUCUUAUGCUUGGCUCAGCUUAUUACUAUGGAGAGAAAUUUUGAGGACUGUUAAUGUUGUUCUCUAUGAUCUGAUUGAUUGAUAUUUUUUUAGAUAAUCUUGCGUUUUCCAUAGACAGAACAGGUUUCAUGUUCUUUUUUGCUGAAACUAGCAGAUGACUGUUUAUACUCUAUGCAAGAGAUGUGGUUAUUGCUGAUAACUUUCAUUACUUAUGUUAAAUUAAUAAUCAUUUACCAUCUCUAUGAUCUCCUUUGGAGAAACUUGUAGACUAAUGGAAAUGGUGUUUUUUUAUUGUCAA